AUGUCAAAUGAAACUUGCGAACAUUUCAUCGAGCAGUUUGAGAGCAUCAACCAAUAUUUUCGCGAUGAGAUGGUCAUCGAAGGAUCGCCAUACAACUCCAAGGAGGUUCUUUCGUUUCCUCAUCCAUCCAAAAAAUUUCCAUUAUUUUUGUUAUAUUCAUCGCGAUAUAUUUUCAGCUCGGCUAUGCCAUUGUGGCCGCCUACACGAUCGUCAUCUUUUUCGGAGCUUUUGGCAAUUUCCUGACAAUUCUCGUCGUCAUUUUGAAUCCUGCGAUGAGGACAACCAGGAACUUUUUCAUACUCAACCUCGCGCUGUCCGACUUUUUUGUAAGAAGAAGUGUAUAACUAAUUUAUAACUGAAACUUCCAGGUUUGUACGGUGACAGCUCCUAUCACAUUAUACACUGUAUUAUACAUGUUCUGGCCGUUUGGAACGGCAAUGUGCAAAAUAGCGGGUUCCUUACAAGGGUUCAACAUUUUCUUGUCGACGUUUUCGAUUGCCGCUAUUGCGUUGGAUAGGUAAGAAAAUUGAGAAAAUUCAAUGAGCAAGAAUUUUUCAGAUACGUGCUUAUAAUCUUUCCAACAAAACGAGACCGGCAACAAAGUCUUUCAAUAAUUUUCUUCAUUCUGAUUUGGAUCGUGUCUCUGUCUUUUGCGGUUCCACUUCUCUUGGCCUCCGAUUUGAACAUGGUGUACGAGGAUUCGAAAUGUGGCAUCGUGCUCGAAAUUUGCCACGAGCAGAAUGAAAUCUGGGAAACGGUACUUUCAACUCACUGAAUUUUCGAAAAUCUUUUCUUCUGGAAAAUAAAUGAUAAGUAACAUCUAAAACACCUUAGAUCGUUUGAUAAACAAUUAGAAAAAAUGUUAUGCACGUUUCAUAUGGAGAGCGUUCUUUAAUCUCUAAGAUUAGUUUUUUUCUUUAAAAGAGGCGACCAUUUGUUGGGAGUUCAGUUGCUAAUUCACUUAGUGAGGAUAAAAAUAGAUCUCGCGUCAUACCUUGACGAAUAGGGGCCAUAACGACGCGUUCAAAGAAGUUUCGAAAAAAGAGGCGAUUUUCGACGCUUGAGAGUUUUUACGGCUUUAAUGAGAUUGAUGAAUUGGUAACAAAACAAAAUCGUUUAAACUUUUUGGGAUAUGUCAACUUCUCACCGAUUUUUGCAGAAUUUUUGUAUAUCAUUUUUGAUAAAUUUUCUAGGGAAUUUUUUUGAGGUUAAAAUCGCAAAACUGUUAAGUUUCCUAAAGCAUGCAUGAUCAAAAAAAGCAAUUAUCUGCUAAGCGCCAAAAAGUGCUGGGAAAGCCGGUCCUGAAGGUACGCAAAAAAGCUCGAAUUUUCUACUUGCUUUUUCUGAGGACCUCAGCGCUUAGCAGGUUUUAUUCAUAAUAUUUAAACCUAGGGUUGCAAUCAAAAAUGUGAUGUUCCCAUCAGACACAAUAAUUAAAUUUUUUUAUGUGUCAAUGGCCCAGUGAAGUUUUUUUGAGAGGAUAAUGAAUUUUAUAAUCAUUAUGUCACUUCAGAUGCUCAUUUCGAAAAGAACCUACACUUUGGCAGUACUUGCCACACAGUACGCCUUCCCGUUGUUUUCUCUGGUCUUCGCCUACAGCCGGAUAGCCCAUAGGAUGAAGCUUCGGUUCGCCAACAACGUCUCGUUCCCACACUCGCUGCACUCCAGCCAACGUAGGAGGUACGUGGGAUUGGUCCUUUGAAUUAUUAUUUCUUUUUUCUCCUCAAUGAAUGAGUAAAACGUCUGAAAGAAAGAUUUUUCGGAGAUCCUCUGGUUUCAAAGAUCUGCACGUGUUCCGAAGAUUUUGAAUGAAAUGACUAAUAUUUAGGUCUGUGGUGGAACGGCAAAGAAGGACGCAUCUCCUGCUCAUGUGCGUGGUUGCGGUCUUCGCCAUAGCUUGGUUCCCACUCAACGUCUUUCAUUUGGUUAGUUCAAUCGCUUCUACUUUAUUAAAAAUGAUCUCGAUUAAGGUACACACGUUCGAGUUCGUGCAGAACUUCUCCGUUUCGCUCUUCAGUCUUUGCCAUGUCAUUGCGAUGUGCUCCGCUUGCCUGAACCCUCUCAUCUAUGCCUUUUUCAAUCAGAACUUCCGUACAGAGUUCAUAGCUCUUUUCGAUAAAGUUGGCCUCAGGUAAGAAAUUGGUCGACUUCUGAAAGUCAUCGUUUUUGAAGAAGAAGCUCUCAUGUUUAUUUCGCAUUUGUGAACUUAUUAUAGUCCACGAACAGCAAAGAUCUUCAAACAUUUACCGUAGAAAGGAAAAAGUCUAACAGCUCUUUUUAAACGAAGCUAAUAAAACUCUGCUCACUUAUUCAUGAAACAAGGAACUCAGCAAUGAAAAGAGUAUAUUCUUAGAUGAACAUCUUCCCGAUAAAUAACUAAAUGAGCUUUUUUCAGUUCGUUGCGGCUAAUGCUCUUUGGCGAGCCGCCGCCUAAAAAGGGCAUGCCGAACACGAGGGCGCGAACCGUUUGCAUGUCGGUUGCAGAGCCGACGACGACCUACCGUAAACCGGAAGAAUGUCUGACACUCAACCCAGAAACUGACGAGCAACUGUAGACCCCUAAUCAAUUCACAUAUCUCUUCACUUUUCUUUAGGUUUCUGUGCAAGCUAUCAAAAUAAUAAUAACCUACGGCAACUCUUUGAUGGGGUUUUAGUUGUGUUUCUGAAUUGAAAAGUUCUUUCCGAUGAUAAAUUUUGCUCUCCGUGAGCCAAAAAAAAAAAUUGCAAUUAUAAUUGUGUUUUUGCUACUACCACCGACUUGCCAAUCCUAUGGACCUGAAAAAAACAAUUAGAAAAAAAUAAUUGGGCAAAAGCAGCAUUGGGUUUUUUUAACGGUUUCAGAUGUUGUGAGUCACUAUCGCUUAGAAAAAAAGUAGUUUUUUUCAUACUUCUCAUGUUACUGAAUAAACAUUUGAUAUCAUUUUUUUGUCUUAAUGCAAAAAAAGUAAAUGAAGAAGCCGCCCACCGAUGAUAUAUAUUUGAAGCUUCUCAUUUCGGUUUUUGAUCUGUGUUUGUUGACAUUUCACGCCUCUUUUCUUCCCGCCAUCGGCGUUGAUUUCAACUCAAAAACUGGUCGGAUGAUAAUUUUUGCUUUUCUUCUUGGUUUUCAAUUGGCAAGUUUUCAAGGUUUGUUUGAAAAACUUUUUGAAACAUCCAAAUUUGAUUUUCGAAAAGUUAUCCGUGAAUUAUUUCAAUCAUGAAUGGUUUUUUUCAUCUUUUUCUGAAUCACAAAAUUAUUUUUUUAUUAACGGAUCAUUAGAUGGUAUAAAAGAAUAAAAUGAAUAAAAAUAAAACAUUUUCCGAAGUUAUAUAUCGGAACUGAUGUAAGCAUUUUUUUGAUGGACAAAUUUUUUAAAAUCAGUGAAAAAAAACUUUACAUUUUUUCAAAUUCACCGGCGAUUUAUUCACAUUAAAAAAAAAUCCUCUGUGGUAUUUUCAAGCGAUUUUUGCGGUUUUCAAACGGCUUUCUGAGAUCUCUAAGCAUAAUGCAACGCGUGACGAUGUUACUAACAUUUCUGAUUUUUCUGAAAGUUCGCCUUUUCAUCGCGCCUACAAAAUAACACUGAAACGUAGUUAGUUUCUGUAGGAGAAGGGAAAAUAAUCUUGUAGGCGGGCUCAGCUACGUUUUGAACUCCAAACUCUAAAUUGUAUUGAAACUGUUAAAGUGCAAAAAUAUCCGAGCAUGUCAAAGAUUUUGAAGGCGUUUAUCAGUAGAAUUUUUUUUUUAAUAUCAGUUAUUACUGUUUCAGCCUGUGUGCCAAAAUGUACGGUCGAACACGUGGCUGAAAACCUGGUACCAGCCGCUUACAACAAUUGUAUUUGUGCAUCGCAGCCCAGUGACAACGUGAAAAAAUCGAGUCCAUAUUGGGACUAUUUUGAAGAGUCGAAAUGUGAACCCCAUUACAGGUAAUAUCAUUUAUUUUGAAAUUUAUUUGGAAUAAAUCUUGUUUGUAGCUUCUUGCAAAAGUUUUUUUUCCUCCAAGAGGCAGCUGAAAAAGGCAGAAAUGUUUCAUUCAGGCAUUAGUAAUUACAAGACAACGUUAAACAUCAGAUAUCUCCGGAAAUCAUGAAUUUUGGGUUGCAAAAGCAAAAGUAAAGUCGUCUAGCACUUUCUGAUGCGACCUGGGCCCGAGUCGCUUUUAGUAGAGUGAGCUUCAAAGUUUCCGCUUGAAGUCAUUCUUUUAAGACUUUUUCAUAGAAACGAGAAGUUGUAUUAAAAGAAAAAUGAAGAAAUACAGUUUUUUUUUACUUUUUCUUACUUCCAGUUUCUUUGAAAGAAAUAAAUACUCUCCAAAAAUUCGAAAUAUAAAGUCCUUUAAGAGCUCCUCAUUCAUUUCUGAAAGCUUCUAACUUCAGGUCGUUGAAGUUCAGGCAGCUAAAAACAGGAGCCGUCGCCCUGCACAAAGCAGCUGUCCGUUCCUGCGCCUCUACAGGUGGAAAUCCUUCCUACGUCGAAAUUUAAUAAGACAUUUGCAGGAAUUCGAAUUUUUGUCAACCAGUCUAUUUUUGACUUGGCUGAAAGGGCUUUUCUCGUUGAAAGGUGACAUUUGAGCCUCUAGAAACAUUCUAAUACGCAUGUUUCCAGAGGUUGGCAACGAAUCAGUAACUUGGAAUCGACUUAUUCGACCUGGGUUUUUGGUUUCCGGAAGAACUUCAUGCAGUUUUACAAGAAACCCGAUAGUCACCUGAGAUUUGGAUGA